GAUCCCUCCUCGCCAGCUCACUCUAUGGUUCAGGAGGCCAGCGUACAGCCGUUCGCCUGUCUCUCGGGGGGGAGUCCCGUGUAAUGGUCGCGCUCUGCACACGCUGUAGGAGCCGAAGCACAGAAGCCGCUGAGAGCAGUCCUCCGCUUUCCUCUGUCCUCCCCUCCAGACUGCUGCGCUGAUGGUAUGUCCCAGAGAGGCUGGACCAGCUAGCUGCACGAAGUAAGAGGCUGCUGUGACUGUGAGCGGGGCUGGAUGUGGAGGAGCUGCAGCUGCUGGGAGAGGAGAGCCAGGCAUUGCUAGUAAACAAGAGGAAAACUCCGAGCUGCAGGUUUGCCCGAAGUAAACAGUAAAGAAAGUGAGAAGCGUACCAGCACCUGGAGGAGCCUAGAAGUAUUUAUGUGUGUUCUGCGCUUCAGCAACUGGCACUGACACACACAAGACUUUCCCUACUACGUUCUGCUUGUCCUUUCAUCCUGCCUGUUGCAGCCGGAUUUGCAAUUCAGGAAUUAAAGGAGGAAAAGAAAAAAGCCUGAAAGACAAAGCCCCCCUACCAGGGGCACCCUGGGUUUAAAAGCUAACAGAUCUGCUGCCAGGGGACAUGAUCUUCUCUGAUAUUCCCUGUCUCUCAGGACUCGGAAGGAGGGGUCCUGGAUUAGGGGGAUAUGGCGAAAGUAUGAAAGGUUCACUAUUGAUAGUGCUGACCCUCCUGUAUGGCUUGGGUUGUGUGUGGUCUCAAUCUGAACAGCAAUGCCCAGCUUUCUGCGAGUGCUCAGAGGCAGCCCGGACUGUCAAAUGUGUGAACAAGAAUCUAACUGAGGUGCCCAAAAAUCUACCUUCUUAUGUAACGAACCUGUUUAUCACUCGAAACAAUAUUGACAGCCUGCAGGAAGGGACAUUUAACCAGCCUCUGCCAGACCUCUCUAGUCUCAGCUUCAGCAGCAACCACCUCCAAGAACUGGGAAACAAUGUCUUUGAAAAUCUACCCAGUCUGAGGCAACUGGAUCUUAGCAACAAUGAGCUGGAGAACGUAAGCCAUCUACUUUUCCAGGUUGGUCCAAGUCUCAGCAGCCCACUCCUAGAGUUGAACCUUAGCAACUCUUUAUGCAAUUUUUCUAUGAUCACCUUAAUGGCAGGUGCCCUGCAGUAUGGAAGGCUGAGUAACCUACAGAAGCUGGAUAUGAGCGGAAACAACCUAUUGUAUGUACCUGAUGGCAUAUUCAGUUCAAUGCCAAAUCUAAAACACCUUGACCUGAGUAACAAUUCCCUACUGACAUUCCAAGAUGGGGUUUUUGCCAAUCUCAGUCAUCUACAAACUUUGGAUUUGAGGCAAAACUCUUUGAAGCAUCUGAAGAACACAACACUACUUGAGUUCUCCAGCCAUCCAAGCCUAUCGGUCCUCCUCACAGAUAAUAGCUGGGUCUGCGAUUGCAAUAUUGAACCUCUUUCCAGGUGGCUAAAGGAGACCACAGUAGUGAAGAACACAUCCAGCGUGGUUUGUUCCUAUCCUGAGAAUAUGAGAGACAUGGAAGUGAUUGCUCUCAACAUUCCAGAGCUUGAUUGUCCACCCUAUAUUACUGACAACAGUUUACAAACAUCCUAUGUGUUCCUGGGCCUAGUGCUGGCACUUAUAGGAGUGAUCUUCCUGCUAGUUUUAUAUUUGAACAGAAAAGGUAUUAAAAAGUGGAUAUACAACAUCAGAGAUGCAUGUAGGGAUCACCUGGAGGGCUAUCACUACAGGUAUGAAAUCAACGCAGAUCCCAGGCUAACAAACUUAAGC